AUGGAGGCCUACUCCCUUCUUGCCUUGCAAUUUUGUGAUGGAGAGGACCUGAUAACACUGUACUGGUCGACAUGGACCAUGCUUCAGGUUGGCUCAUUGAUUGCAAUUGUGGGAAUCAUUCUUACUUUGGGCCACAACUUACGAAACCGCAAGCACCCGCCCUGGGCUCUGGCGUUGGGAACACCCGUUCUUGUGGUUGCAGGGCUUUUGUACCUCGUUCAUGAAUGCACAAAGAAGAGAAUAAAGAAAAUGCGACAGAGAUCCUCGAGCAGGUCGGCCAGCGAUCAGGGCCCGAGGAUCAGUCAAGCAAACACAAUCGAAAACUCGAGCGACGAGGACAAGUGCUCCGAAGUGCAGGCUGAAUUCAUCGGCUUCACCGUGGACGGUGGUCCUAUUGUAAGGUUUACACAACCCGUGGCGUCGGUGCCGCAGGGAGAGCUCCUAGGACACGACAGCCGGCAAGGAUCAAUUAUUUCAUUUCCCCGGGAUCUAGUUAAAUUCGAUUCCGAGGGAAGUACCUCAUGA